AUGCAUCCUCGAGUAUUGCUCGCAUUCCUGGGCCUCGCCGUCACAGCCACGGUAGGAACGACGACCGUGGAUGAAAUCAAGAUCAUAAACACCAGAUUUGUUGGAUCUGGCUGUCCCAAACACCCCAUUGUCGAUUUGACGAGCGAUGACAGAAUCGAACUAUCUCUCGCCCCCUUUAGUAUCGCCGUUGGUUCCAAGUCAUCCAAGCUCAAAGACCAGGUCGAGUGUCUCGUGGAAUUCGAGAUCAGCCACCCCGCUAACCGCCAAGUCCGCCUUCACGAUACCACGGUCGUGGGGGCCAUCUCUGCGGAUGGAGACGUCUCCGCCCAGCUGUCGGUGACCACCAAUCUCGGCAAGGACAAAGCGGAUUACACCCGCUCUAUAUCGAACAGCAAAGAUAAGAAGGUCAAGCUCUUCUUCUCGGAGUAUCUGCGGCCAGAAGAGCAAGGUCGCGCUGCGGGUUGCGGGGAAACAAAAACGCGCCUAGUGCUGGACACGAGUUUACACCUAUCGACGAAGAACGCGCAUAUCGGUGGGAAGCUAUCUUUGGAAGAAGUUAACAAUAGGGUUGAUUUUACGCAUGAGCUCAAUUUAGCGUGGACGGACUGUUGA